AAAUCUUAUUUUGAAAGGCCGUGUUUAUUUUCAAGCGUGACGUCAUGGGCGCUGUCAGUUUUCAGCUAAUCAGGUUCCACUUUGGCGGUGCGUGGCGCUGACCAACGACGUCGCCAUGGAGUGCUGGGUUGCGAGCCAUCAACUUCAAUAACUUAUUACAUUCUUUUGUAAAGUGCACCAUCAGCCAUGCCUGUGAUGUCACAGCUGCUCAGGGGUUUGCCCCGGGCGACAGUCUUGUCCUCCACUCUGGUACCAUGCCAACAUCACCGAACCUAUUUGGGGUCUGCGACCACUCAGCGACCUCCGUCAAGGCACCAGUCCCACAUGUGUCACACUCCAUCAAGAUGUUACCAGACCGCCUCAGCACUCCACAGCUACAUCCUCACUCCACCGCAGGUCAACUCCAUCCUCAAAGCCAAUGAGUACAGCUUCAAGGUGCCUGAGUUUGAUGGCAAAAACUUGUCAUCCGUGAUGGGCUUUGAGAGUAAUCAGCUGCCAGCCAACGCUCCGAUAGAAGACCGCCGCAGUGCUGCAUCAUGUCUGCAGACCAGAGGAAUGCUGCUGGGUGUGUUUGAUGGCCACGCUGGAUGUGCUUGUGCACAGGCGCUCAGCGAGAGGCUCUUCUACUACAUCGCAGUGUCACUGCUGCCCCAUGACACCCUGUGUGAGUUGGAGGCUGCCGUGGAGGCUGGCAGGGCCCUCAGUCCCAUCCUUCAGUGGCACAAACACCCUAACGACUACUUUAGCAGGGAGGCUCAGACGCUGUACUUUAACAGCCUGCGGACCUACUGGCAGGAGUUGAUUGAUCUCACUAGCCCAGGUGACGUCCCAGAAACCAGUGAGGCUUUGAUGAAUGCCUUCAAGAGACUGGACAAUGACAUAUCCUUGGAGGCUCAGGUUGGCGACCCGAACGCUUUCCUGCACUACUGGGUUCUCAGAGUGGCCUUCUCUGGAGCGACUGCAUGUGUGGCUCACAUCGAUGGACAGGACCUGUAUAUUGCCAACUCUGGUGACGCUCGGGCGGUGUUAGGAGUGCAGGAGGAGGAUGGCUCCUUCAGUGCACACACGCUCUCCAAUGACCACUGCGCCCAGAACGAGGACGAGAUGGCUCGGAUACGAGGAGAACAUCCUUCAUCUGAGAGGAAGACUGUCAUACGACAGGACCGCUUGCUGGGCCUCCUCAUGCCGUUCCGCGCUUUCGGCGAUGUCAAGUUCAAGUGGAGCAUCGAGCUGCAGAAGCGAGUGCUGGAAUCUGGGCCCGAUCAGCUGCACGAAAACGAGCACACCAAGUUCAUACCGCCAAGCUACCACACUCCUCCGUACCUGACGGCCGAGCCGGAGAUCACCUAUCACAAGCUGAGGUCACAGGAUCGAUUCCUGGUGAUCGGGUCAGACGGCCUCUGGGAGACGCUUCACAGACAGGAAGUGAUCCGCAUCGUGGGAGAGUACCUGACAGGCGUGCAACAGCAUCAGCCGCUCACAGUCGGGGGCUACAGGGUUACCCUAGGGCAGAUGCAGGGCCUGCUGGAGGAGCGUAAAGCCCGCGCAUCGUCCGCUUUUGAGGACCAGAACUCGGCGACACACCUGAUGCGUCAUGCCGUGGGCAACAACGAGUUUGGCACGGUGGACCAUGAGAGGCUGUCUAAGAUGCUGUCGCUGCCCGAGGAGCUGGCCCGCAUGUACCGUGAUGACAUCACCAUCAUCAUCUCACAGUUCAACCCGCACGUGAUCGGGACGCAGCGCUGAGUAAACACACACACACACAUGUAACUGAAGGUCGAGUGGUUGUGUGGAUCAACUUUUUAAUAUUUCUUUCAAAUAUUUAUGAAGACAGACAAGUUGCAUACAUCAUGUUACCUUACUGUGUUUAUGCAGUUAACACUUUGACGCUGUUACAAACGUAUCUUCUGCCAAAAGAUCCUUCAAAGUUCCCAAGAGUGUCAGGUGGAAAUUCCACCAACUUCAGGUUUGGCAUGAUGUUGGAAAAAAAAGAAAGAAAAAAAACCCGCUGAAUUAUGUUGCACAAAAAUAUAAUUUUAUUGAAGGAGUGUGGCUUGGCUGCUUUACUGCUCAGCUUGUAAGCUUUUAAUGUUGUUUUCAUUGCAAAUAAUCCAAAAUGGCCAGAUUUACAUGAUAUUUUAUCGCUGGCCAUCUUUCUUAGUUUAUUUGCAAUAUAUUAGUAUAUAUAUUUAAAUAUAUAUUGACUGUAAGGGAUGCUUAUCUUAGCUUUAGCACAUUCUAUACCAGUGAUUUCCAACCGCUGUGCCGCAGCACAUUAGUUAGUCGCAAGAGGUGGGCAAUGAGAAAUUAUCUCAUUGCCCUGAAAAUUAUUAUUUACCACAAAUGAUAUCUUUGUUCAUCAGAACAAUUGACUGUUCUUCCACUAGAUGGAAGAAGGUUCAUACUGUAAUUAGUAGAAGUGGGAAUCUUUGGGAACCUCAAAAUCCAUUUGAUUUCGAUCUUGGGGUGACGAUUUCAUUCAGAAUCGAUUCUGGAUUCAACACGAUUCUCGUAAUAUGUUAUUUGGUAUAUCGAUUAUUAUAAAACUUUCUCAAAACAGGUCACAAAGGCUCCUCUUGGCUGCUGUUGUACAACUUAUACACGCAGCCUAAAAAACGUAUUUUUAAAAACAUAGUUUUUAAAACUAUUUACAGAAAUCAGAGAAUGUUAUUCAAUCUAAUACAAUAAAAUAGAGCAACUUCAAUCCAAUCCCAGCAACAAUAUCCAUAAUAAUAAUAAUAAUAGCAAUACUUUUUAAAAUGUUUUUAAUCCAAAAAUAGAUUCUUAAAAAAUAACACCGCUUCUCGAAAAUUAUGUAUCAAUUUAGAAUCUAAAUUAAUAAAAGUUGCGAUUUGAAUGCAAAUCUUUUUUUUUUUUGCGCACCCCUAAUUAUAAAUCUGGUUAAUCACCUUUUGCAAAAUGUGUGCCUUGGCACAACAAAGGUUGGGAAACACUGCACUAGAAUACAUGUUAGUCAUUUCUUAUCAUUUGUAUUGUUAUUAUUAUUAUUGCUAUUAUUGUUGUUACAACACGCCGGUUUAUUUCUACAUGACUCACACAGCAGUGUUUUUGCUGCACUUCAACUCCAGUCAAAUAGUCUUUAUGUAUGCUUGGAUAUUUAUUCAUGUUACAUGCUUUUAUUUUAUCUACGGUGGAUGUAUAAACUGUUAUGAAAACUGGGCUCUUAUUUUGUAUAUGGAAAGAUUAAUAAACGUACAUA